CUCAUACCCUCACCGUGUCCUUCUGCGUCCGGCUGUCGCGAUAAACUUGGCCACUUUGUGUUCACGACCUCCUUCUCCGCCUCCUAAAUCUCGGGGGUCGCCGAUCACCGAGACAAGCCGAAUUCACCGAAGUAACACCGAGUGCGAGAGGGGCCGCCCGGAUUCGGCGAGUGCUUUCGAAACAGCAAUGCGGGCCAGUGACCAGUGACGUUAGAUUGAUUGAAGUGAUUUUCUCGGUGCCACCGAUCAUUUAAACGUUAAACUUCGCUCAAAGUUCACUGACGAAGAAUCGGGGCAGAAUGAGGCCCGGAAAUAUCAUGUGGCUGAAGAGUGCCGUCCUGGUGUAUAGCGUGAUAGCUGUAGUUCUGGGCGACGGUGAUAUCGUGACUCGAGCGCGACCCGGUCAGCAAGUUGUACAUUACGACUCCAUCCUCGGUGAUUCGGCGCCGUUGAAGGCUCGAGCGAUUCCCAUAGAAGACUUCGUAACCGCGCACAAAAUCCCCGCAGAAAUAGAGCAGCCCUCAGACGAGGACGAUGAAGAAGAUGCGGAGCUGGCAAUGGAGGUAGAACUCGCUAAGGAAGUGAUUCAGCGAGCGGUUCAGAGCCGCGACAAGCGAACGGAUAAGAAGAAGGUAACUCAACAAACGUCGGAGCCUUACGAAGACGAGGUGAAAUCCAAAAAGAACGACCCUAAAAGGCAAGCUCGCAUACAAAUCGAGAAUUUCAGUGACUCUGGCGUCCUGCCAGAGGAUGGAGUCAAGAAGGUUGAAAUCGUGAAAGCAAAUUUCGGGGCUCAACGCGACUCUAUAAUCCCUGGAGUUGAAGUAAGCCCGGAGAACCCGACCACCAUGAUGCCGGUUCUAACCACCCCACGCGAGGUUCGUGCUUUUGACUUCGUGCCUGUCAACAUCAUCCGCGAGGACAGCAAAGACGCUUACACACCCUUCGCCGACCGGCACUUCGGCGACCUCAGUGACGUCAGCCUUGUACCCGCCGGAUCAAAUUCCCGCAUCCAGGUGAAAAAAGGACCUAACGGCAAGGACUACGAGUACGAAUACGUGUACUAUUAUUACGACGAAGAGGACGAAGGUAAAGCAGGUUCCCAGACAAACACUCAAGAAGGUCUGGCCAAGACGACGGCAUCGCCAGUCUCAAGACGCGGUGCGUCGACCGGCAAAAACAAGUACUCGUCUAUUGAACGUUCGACAACCGUUGAACCGGCCAGCAAUGAGGUGAUCCCAAGCCGCGCCAACGCGCGAAACAGACAGAUCGCUGAGCCCGAAGAACCUGUACCGGAAGAAAGACUGCCCGCAAACACAAGAUUCCCACCCAGGUCAAGGUCGAAUCACAACACAGGAACAACGGAGCCUAGCCGAGCGCGAGGUAACCGCCCACGACCUAGUCUGGACCUCGUUGAUUCCAGCAGUUUUCGAACCCAUCAGGAAGGACCGGAGUUCCCGCAAAACCUCCCCAAGGGGCCUCUAAGGUUCCUGGGAGUCACCCCAAAUGAGGAACCAGAAGAAAAGCCUGCCCUCCGUACCCGCCAAAAAGCCUCCAAGGUCCCGGAAGCAGCACCCGUUGAGGAAACCUCUGAAGAAGCCGUUGUGCCGCAAAGACGGCGACCUGUUGCAGCCGCCAAUCCCGAGGUCGAAGUUGAACUGAACAAAGAUGAACAAACGACUGCAGUUGAGGAAAACAAAGAAGGAGGAGCCGAACUGAUCGUUCCAGCUAGCAACUCGGCUCCCGCACCAGUGGAGGAAGAAGUUUACGAGGACUCUGUCAGCAUGGAAAGCGCCUCAAAGGAUCAGGAUCACCCGGAUGCGACGACAACCGAAGUUCCGACCACAGAAAACCCCUCAGCAAUGGACAAAGUCGCCCUGGACCUUUACGCCUUCCUUCUUCAGGGUCAGAACAAUGUAGUCGAUGCCGCCACCGCCGAAAAUAACGUCGAGGAUGCGACCACCUUGUCGGAAGACGACAGUACAACUGACGUCCCGACGACAAUGGAGGUCAUCACAACCACCGCCGAGCCCACAACUACCACAACCACGACAGAACCAACAACAACAACAACAACAACAACAACAACAACCACAACCGAACCACCGACCACCACAACUCAACAGACGAUUGGAAAAGGGAAAUUCAGAAGACCAGGAGUACCUGGAGGCAUUGGAUCUAGGAACAGAUUCAAGACCAUUGGGUCUACCUCGACGACAACGGAGUCAUCGUCUUCGGCUGAGCAAUCACCAGCACGUACUCGCAGCCGCUUUGGAUCAACGAGCGGAGGUUUCAAGAGACCACGACCUGGACAACGGCAAUCAGCUGAGGAGGAAGAAGUUCAGAAGCAAAGCAGUGGCUCGGUGAACGCCGAGAGACCCAGCCUUCCAAGUCGCAAUAGAUUCCGCGGACCUGGGCUUAGGUCUUCGACGACGACGGCCACCCCAGCCGUUUCUAGUUCACAAGAAUCGUCGACUCCGGCCGCGGAAGUGACUCGCGGAGUGGUUCGUCCAUCCUUAAACAGACUGAACCUGAACCGCAGACGCGGAAGACCAACGACAGCGGCACCCGCAACCAGCGAGGAGGCCCAAGAGUCAGGGGAAACUGCACAAACCAGCAGCCUGGAAGCUACCAGCACCACUGCGCGGUCCAUCGUCAGACCGAGACUCCCUGGUACUGGACCAAGACCCCUCAGACCGGGACCAAGAAUCAACCCUCGAGUAAGACCCGGGCUGCAGACAACCACCACGGCGGCACCCAGCACGGCAGAAGUCUCUGCUGAAGAACCCGAUGGCGCUGGCACCGAAGAAGAAUCUCACGAGGCCCCCGCGGAAACGAGUCCGCCGCAGCCUACGACACCCGAAAGCCCGCUAACGAGGCUGAGAAAGGGAAACAGAAUACAGGUUCAACCGAAGGCUCCCCGAGUGGUCACGCAAGCUACGCCAAGGCGGUCGCCUCUUUUGCCCCGAAGAAGGACAACGGAGGCACCGACAACGGAAGCCGCCAGCGAGCAAGCCUCUGCAGAGGAGUCCGAAGAUGCAGAGUCUCUGGUAACCGAGGAAGCGGAAACUGAAUCCAGCACAGCCGCGAGCCAAAAACAAGAGGAAGUCAGGGGUCUCAGUGGGCUCCUGGCUCCGAGGCGUAGGAUAGCACCUCGACGCCCUGGACAGCUCAUCGCUAGAGAAUAAGCGAAAGAAGGAGGUACUUCAACGCACCGCGAAGUACCAUUUCCUAAUUUAUGACCCCUUGUGGCGUGAAUCCGUUUUAGUAUGGUACCGGAACCAGAGAGCUUACGAUAUCAAAUGCGCAUCUACCCAUGCCUGAUCGGUAUCUCGAAGUAGAUAGCUAAAUCUGUCGAAUAUUUUUAGUUUUUUACUACGGAGUUUUUCUAAUUACUUUUCAUCUAUAGUAUACUUAGAGGUCCGAUUCGUCUGUAGCUGUAGUUGUUUGCAGUGUAUGCUCUCCGAAUUUAUCAAAUUUUAAUGAGGGUGGUAGGUACCAUUGAAAUACUCAUGAAAUGGAUUUUAAUGUUAAUCAUCUUUUUUCUUUUUCUUUCUUCUUUCCGUCCACCAGUAUUUAUACUUAUAUCACCGAUUACGUUUUAGUAAAAUAGAAAUUUUUCCGUCUGUAUAUCGCCAUCGAUGAGUGAUUUCAUCUAUUAUUUUUUUUUUAUAAUGCUAUACAUCAUGCCAAACUGUUUUUACUAGUGUAUACAAAAUUCAUAAAUGAUGAAAAUAGCAAAAGAAAAAAAAAGGAAGAAGAAUGAAUAACUAUGCUAAUUUUAGUUACAUAUGAGUGUAAUCACGAUAUUUGUAAUAAACUAAACGUAUCAACUUCAUUGGCCCUUAUUUUAUACGCAGAUUGAAAAACUACAUGUAAAAUGCAUAGAGUAAAAAAACGAAAAUACUAAAUCUUUACUACGAAAAAUAGUUGGGCCAAUUUUUAAUAGUGUGAUCAUUACAAUACCUAAUGUGUAUAUUUAAUUCGAUAUGAAAUGUGUGUGUACUCCUAUUUAAUUAUUAAUUUUUACAAUUAUUAUAUUGCAUAUGCACUGCUGUACUUAAACUAAUUUUUAAUGAUACGCGUUUCAAUUACACAUAAAGUUCAUUUUUUUGUUGCAUUCUUUCUUUUUAGAAACCGCGCGACGCUGUAAUGAACACCGUACGUUUUACCGUUGUACACUAUUAUUAAUUGUAAUGCCCCCAAAAUCCUGUAAAUAUUUCGAUAAAAAAUAUACGUAAAACAGUAAACUAUGAAA